CGAUAACGCACCCUGAUCUCAGUUUAGAUAAAGGAUCCGGGUUGGCCAACAUAGGACAGUCAGGAACUCAACCUUGAAUCAGCUAGUCCAAAAUGGUUCGCGUGGUCAUCUUCUUCUGUGCAGUGUCAUGGGCAACCGGUUUUAUCUUGGAUGGCUUUGGUGAUAUAAGUAACUGUGAUCACCACGACCAUGACGCGCAUCAUGAUAGCUGCCCGUUUUACACCCAUAUAACUGAGAUCUGCGGCUCAGACGGGGUCACAUAUAAAGACUAUUGCGCUUUCAUGAAGGUCAAAUGUGCUUCCAAGCACAAUCAGAUACAUGUGGCAGGGCUUCGUGCUUGCCACAACAGUCACACUACACACAAUCAACAAAGCGCGCACGUCACCUCACCCGAGCCUUCGGCCUCUACAUCAAUGCCUCAGUCCAAAGAGCCCAUGACCUCCACUGUGAUGUUUAAGACCACAACGAAGCAGGCCGUGACCUCCACUGUGCUGCCCGUGACCUCAACGAGUGGAGCAUCAGCAGAAAAUGUUCUGGAUUUCUUAUGCAUCGAGCUGUCUCGCGAGGACUGUGUGCCCGAAUUGAGCGAAGUCUGUGGAUCCGAUGGGUUUACCUACCGCAAUUAUUGUGAGUUCCAAAAAGCAAGAUGCAUGCACAGACAGCUCAAGAUGGAACACAGUGGAUAUUGCUGAAUGUCAGAUUUUGAAGUAAAGCUUGGACCAUGA